AGCAUGUGUCGCGUGUGGUCGGCGGACCAUCCAUGGAUCGGCAUCGUUCACGAGACAGAAAAACACGCCAGCCCGCACAUGCGGUGCUUGGCGUAGAAUACGAUAUCGUGGGGUGACGCGCAGGGGAGGAUGAAGUGAGUGCUCGGGCGUGACUCCCUGUGGUCAGCCUGCGAUCAAUCGCACUUGCCUGCUCACCGAUAGGACCCGCCGCACACGUGGAUAGUAUGGCAAUAGCUUCCAAGCUCGUGAACCAGGCACUGAGGCAACGAGUAACGAAUUUCAUGUAGUCGUGCUGACUAAUCCCGAUCCCAUCCCCUCGGUAGCUCACCUCCGCAACCACCUCCGCAACCCCCUCCGCAACCACCGCAACUUCCCUCAACACUCCACAAUGGCCGGCGCACGCAGAUCGACGCGUCAAUCCGCUGCCACAGCCCCAAAGUAUGCGGAUUCAGACUCGUCAGCGUCCGAAGAAGUACCGAAAAAGCGCAAUGCAAAGAAGUCGACGCGUCGCAAGCGCGCGCGAGAGGACGACGCCGAAGAUGCGGUGAACGGGGACAGGUCCACCGCCUCCACCCCACCCACCACGCAGCCCUCCUCCCUCGAGCCCACCUCCCCCUCCAACCGCACUCCCACCGGCGCGCAGGAAAUAUACUGGCUCCUCAAAGCCGAGCCCCUGCCGCGCUUCGAAAACGGCGUCAACGUCGCCUUCUCCAUCGACGACCUCGCCGCCUGCACCACCCCCGAGCCCUGGUCCGGCGUGCGCAACCCGCAGGCCUGCAAGAACAUGCGCGCCAUGCGCAAGGGCGAUCUGGGCUUCUUCUACCACAGCAACGGGAAGCCGAGCGGGGUUGCGGGGAUACUGAGGGUCGUGGAGGAGGCCAAGGUGGAUGAGAGCGCGUUUGAUAGCAAGGAUGCUUACUAUGAUAAGAAGAGUGAAAGGGAGAAGCCAAAGUGGUACUGUGUUGGGGUGGAGUUCGUGAGCAAGUUUGGCGAGGUGGUGGAUUUGGCUACUAUCAAGGGACAUGCUGGGAAGGGUGGGAAGCUGGAGAACAUGCAGUUGGUGAAGCAGGGGAGGCUGAGCGUGAAUAGGGUGAGGAAGGAGGAGUGGGAUUUUAUCCUGGAAUUAGCCGGGGAGAACGGGGACAGGUUAGAAGAGAAGAAGGGAGAAGCCCUCCCGGCACCUGCUGGAGAGAAGAAUAGUAAGGAGGACUGUGAUUCAGACGGGAAGAAGCCGGAAGACGGUUGCUCUUGAGGCGUGAGGCCGGGUGUGAGGGACAAGCUUCGACACAGCAACGAUUGACGACGAUUAUGGUUGCAAUUUGGAGACUGCUAGCCCAGCGUUCACCGCAGCAUGAGCAGCCAUGACCUACAUCCACGCUCUCCACCAUGAUAGAGCACACAUUCUUACACUUGCA